AUGGCGUCGGGGAGCGCGGCGGCCGGGAACGGCAGCGCGGCGGCGUACGCGGAUGAGCUGGCGGCGGCGGAGAGCGCCGUUCGGCUUGCGUGCGCGCUGUGCGAGACGGUGCAGCGCGGGCUAAAGGCUGAGGAGUCAGCCAGCAAGUCUGACGAGUCGCCCGUUACCAUCGCUGAUUAUGGUGCGCUCACCCGUGGCCCGUGGGGUGUGCGGGAAUGGGGCGUGGGGGGUGCGGAAUGGGCCGUGGGGAAUGGGGCGUGGGGAAUGGGGCGUGGGGAAUGGGCUGUGGGGAAUGGGCCGUGGGGGAUGGGCUGUGGGGAAUGGGCCAAGGGGGGUGGGCUGUGGGGAAUGGGCCGUGGGGAAUGGGCUGUGGGGGAUGGGCUGUGGGGAAUGGGCCGUGGGGGAUGCGGGGAUGCGCUCUUUUCUCGCUCGCAGGUGCUGGUGGCGUGGGCGCUGCAGCAGCACGGGCUGCCAGGCGCCUUCUCCAUGGUGGCGGAAGAGGACUCCACGCAGCUGACAGCGCCAGAGGGGCGGGGCAUGCUGCAGCGCAUCACAGCGCUCGUGAACGCCACCAUUGCCGCCAGCACCAAGUGGGGCGGAGGGGUGGCGGCGCCGCUGAGUGAGGCGGAGGUGGUGGCGCUGAUUGACGCGGGCGGCGCGAAGGGAGGGAGGACCGGGCGCCACUGGGUGCUGGACCCCAUCGAUGGCACGCGCGGGUCUGUCACCUCUGCUCCCCCCCCCCUCCACCCUCUCCCCCGCACCCUGAUCCUCCCCCCCGCAGCGCAGCUUCAUGCGGGGGGAUCAAUACGCGGUAGCGCUGGGGCUGCUAGAGUAAGACGAGGUGGUGGUGGGCGUGCUGGGCUGCCCCAACCUGCCCCUUGCUAUUCCCCCACACCAUCUCGCGCCCGCCCUCCCCCCUCCCCCUUCAGCGUCAUGCGGGGCGACCAGUACGCAGUGGCGCUGGGGUUAUUAGAUCAGGGCGAGGUGGUGGUGGGCGUGCUGUGCUUUUCCGCCCUCCCCCACUGCUCUCCCUGCACGCCAUCUCCCCUGUCAUCUCCCCUGUCAUCUCCCCCUUCCCCUCCCCCUCCCCACCACAGCUUCAUGCGGGGGGAUCAGUACGCAGUGGCGCUGGGGCUGUUAGAUCAGGGAGACGUGGUGGUGGGCGUGCUGGGCUGCCCCAACCUGCCGUGUGCGUCCAUAGCGCACGGGGUGGAAGCAGCAGUGGCCACGGGGCAGCCCGUGGGGUGUGUGUUCUCCGCUGUCAAGGGCCGCGGCACCACAGUGCAGCCGCUGCAUGAGGCUGUGCCACCCAGACAGGUGCGAAGGGGAGGUGUGGAGGUGGGGGGGUGGGGAGGUGGGGACGUGGGAGGUUUGAGAUGGGGAGGAUGGAGAAAGGGAGGUGUGUUGGUCCCGUCUGUGCAUCAGGUGCAAGUAAGCUCGGAGAGCAACCCAGCCAUGGCCACGUUCUGUGAAUCGUACGAGUCGCGCCACUCCAAGCACAACCUCACAGCAUCCAUCGCACAGGCGCUGGGCGUGGUGGCUCCCCCCGUGCGCAUCGACUCGCAAGCCAAGUACGGAGCCAUGGCGCGCGGCGAUGCUGCCAUUUACAUGCGCUUCCCGCCGGAUGGAUACCGGGAGAAGAUCUGGGACCAUGCUGCUGGCAGCCUUGUCAUCUCUGGUAGGCUGGAGGGCAAGUUUGUGACGCAUCUGGGCAACCUCUUGACUUCUCUCGUGGUCGGUUCCUUGAUCUAG